AUGCCUGUGGUAAAAUUAGUAAAAGAUGCUGAACUAGUGCUCAUCAACAACACUCAGUUGAGUGAGCUACCACAGUUUGAGAUUGAGAACGGUAAACGAGUUCGACUUCUUGUUCGUGAUAAUCCACAACUCGACACAACGCAAUUGCUGAAGGAAUGUGAGAGGAAACGUUGCUCACCUCGUGUCUUCAACCUGGUCCAAAUGCCAUACUCUUGCUCCUAUCGCCGACCACUACCAUCUACAUGCAAAAACGUAACUGAUGAUAUUGACAUCACGAACGAUGAUAUCAGUGCUGCAGUAGAAGUUCUUUAUGGUACUCUAAUCGUCAAGAAUAGCAACUGGACGCAGUUUCCAAAUAUGAAGAACUUACGACUAGUCGAGCAAAGACCUAGCAAACCAGUUCUUGUUAUUGAAGAUAAUGAACUCCUUCGUGAUCUCGAUGCUUUGUUCGAUAUCCAAUUCUCCAUACGUGAUAGAAAAACUGCUGUCAUUAUCAAGAAUAAUCCAGAAUUGUGUUUUAACGAGAAGUACAGUAAUAACUCAUUUGCGAAUAGGUAUGCGGUUCAAGUUAAAUUUCUUCUUGAUUAUGGAGAUGUGUAUUUUCCCUGCCUUGUUGACAAAUUCAAAAGCGUGAUCUUCGUUAACAUUUCGGCUCAUGUUUCCUAUGACCCUUAUAUUUUAAUAAAGACAUACCAAUGUGAUUUUUCAUGUAUCUCACUUCGCUAUCUCUGA